UCAUAUUUCUUACAAUUCUGUGUUGUGGACGCACUCCUUUGUUAUGCUAAUUCGCCUUUUUACCAUGAGCUAGCAACUGUAAACUUGCUAAUAACCCUGUUGUUUCUGUCAUCUCAUUUCAGACAUUUAGCAUUUCAGUGUCUAGUCUUAUGCCCUGUGGUUAUAUGGAUGUAUACUGUAUAUAUUAUGUAGGUAUUUUGUUAGCAAUGAGCCUUGUGGAUGCAUUAUACAUUCAAGUUCAUGCAGUUGUGUGAGGAUGAUGGUGCUGCUCAGUAGUACUGUGUACUGUAGUUGCACACCUCUGAUCAUUCAUUAGUGAAGUCACAGCCAUGUUGUUAGGUUGUAUUGGCAUGUGCAGCAGAUAAGCUAUAAAUAAUAAUGCUACAAUAUGUUAUGUAAUUGGAGGUUGUAUUAAGCCUAUACCUGCCAUUUACUAUUGUAUUUAAUUUCCCCCUUUUCAGAACCGUAAGCAUUCUUGGUUAACACAAUUGUAAAGCAAUACGCUGUGCUGUGCCGUUACUGUUCUAUGUGAAUCAGCGUCAUUAAACAACCUCAACUGUAAUCCUACCGGUCUGUCAUCUGUGCCCUUACAAGCACCUGGAAGAGAACGCAGUGCUAAGUAAAACCUAACCCUAAAGAAUAUCCAGUCCACCAAGUCCUCAACUACAACUUCCGAAGAUGUAAAAUAGGGUCUAAGCUACAACAUAAACUCAGCAAAAAAAGAAUGUCCUCUCACUGUCAAUUGUGUUUAUUUUCAGCAAACUUAACAUGUGUAAAUAUUUGUAUUAACAUAACAAGAUUUAACAACUUAGACUUAAACUGAACAAGUUCCACAGACAUGUGACUAACAGAAAUUGAAUAAUGUGUCCCUGAACAAAGGGGGGGUCAAAAUCAAAAGUAACAGUCAGUAUCUGGUGUGGCCACCAACUGCAUUAAGUACUGCAGUGCAUCUCAUGGACUGCACCAGAUUUGCAAGUUCUUGCUGUGAGAUGUUACCCCACUCUUCCACCAAGGCACAUGCAAGUUCCCAAACAUUUCUGGGGGAGUGGCCCUAUCUCUUACCCUUCGAUCCAACAGGUCCCAGACAUGCCCAAUGGGAUUGAGAUCCAGGCUCUUCGCUGGCUAUGGCAGAACACUGACAUUCCUGUCUUGCAGGAACUCACGCACAGAACGAGCAGUAUUGCUGGUGGCAUUGUCAUGCUGGAGGGUCAUGUCAGGAUGAGCCUGCAGGAAGGGUACCACAUGAGGGAGGAAGAUGUCUUCCCUGUAACUCACAGUGUUGAGAUUGCCUGCAAUGACAACAAGCCCAGUCUGAUGAUGCUGUGACACACUGCCCCAGACGAUGACAGACCCUUCACCUCCAAAUCGAUCCCGCUCCAGAGUACAGGCCUCAGUGUAAGUCUCAUUCCUUCGACGAUAAACGCGAAUCUGACCAUCACCUCUGGUGAGACAAAACCGCAACUCGUCAGUGAAGAGCGCUUUUUGCCAGUCCUGUCUGGUCCAGCGAUGGUGGGUUUGUGCCCAUAGGCGACAUUGUUGCCGGUGAUGUCUGUUGAGGACCUUCCUUACAACAGGCCUACAAGCCCUCAGUCCAGCCUCUCAGCCUAUUGCGGACAGUCUGAGCACUGAUGGAGGGAUUGUGCUUUCCUGGUGUAACUCGGGCAGUUGUUGUUGCCAUCCUGUACCUGUCCCGCAGGUGUGAUGUUCGGAUUUACCGAUCCUGUGCAAGUGUUGUUACACGUGGUCUGCCACUGCGAGGACGAUCAGUUGUCCGUCCUGUCUCCCGGUAUCACUGUCUUAGGCAUCUCACAGUACGGACAUUGCAAUUUAUUGCCCUGGCCACAUCUGCAGUCCUCAUGCCUCUUUAGUGUCCUAAGUUUUCAUAACUGACCUUAAUUGCCUACCGUCUGUAAGCUGUUAGUAUCUUAACGACCAUUCCACAGGUGCAUGUUCAUUAAUUGUUUAUGGUUCAUUGAACAAGCAUGGGGAUCUGUGUUUAAACCCUUUACAGUGAAGAUCUGUGAAGUUAUUUGGAUUUUUACGAAUUAUCUUUGAAAGACAGGGUCUUGAAAAAGGGCCGUUUCUUUUUUUGCUGAGUUUAUAUAAGCACAACAAAACAAAAAAUCAAGACUCCCCUGUUGAUAUCAAUGGUACACCAUUAGAGAUCAAGUUAUUCUGUACUUUAGCUUUGAAAUGUUUUGAUAAUUUGAUAUCCUUGCUCGCUGUGUACAAUACUGGAGCUGGCACCUUGCCAUGGUGGGGUAGAUUGCACGUUUUUGUGAUGUGUCCCUGUGGGCUGUAACAACAGCAACCAAAUUUAGGCUCUUGCAGGUUUAACAAUCCAGUUGUGCCAAGAAUCACAGUAAUGCUUACCCUCUUGUUUAUUAUUGCUUCAUUCGACAGCUGGAGGAAGCACACAGUACCUUUUAGAAAAUUAAGUUGAUUUUACAUUCAUAGGCUGUCUGUUGAUAAAGCAUGAAAUCUGUUACAAAUGGAGAUACUGAGGAGCUGAACUUACACUACGGAAAAACAAAUGCUAAGAGAAAGCGAUAAGGGCAUAAAAUAGAGAAAGAGUGGUGGUUAGAGAGAGGAAGAGACAAUGAGAAAACUAAGACAAAAAAAGACAAGUAUAUAUGCUUAGGAAGGUAAAAAUAAGAAGCUUAGAUAGAUGGAGAGAAUGUAGGAAAGAGAGAGAGGGGGCAAAUACAUUGGUGUCAGUGCAGCCACUUCCUGUGAUCAGAGAGAGAGAGAGUGAAAGAAAAAAACGAAGAGAGCCCUCUAGAGCUAGCGCCCAUCAUUCAGCCCAGGACAGAAAGAGAGACAUCACCCGUGUCCUUGUAGAGAAAUAGAGAAAAGAGGAAGCAUGACCAUUCCAUGGAGGACAGGUGUCAUGCUGAUGUUCUUUUCUUCUGCAGAGGCUUCAUUGAAUGAACCGGUCAUCUGCUACAUACUGGACGGAGUCCUGAUUCUCUACUCCAUCAUCACCACCGUUCUAUUCUUCAAAGUGAAGUGGGGCCAGUCUGUAACUGAACCUGUGGAGGACUCCACAUAUGCAGAACUCCUGACGGGUACUAUUGCUGACGACUAUGAGGAUCUAAGGACUGACCAGACUGCAGCUACUAGACGGAAGCGCAGACAGGAAGCUAGUAGCGACACAUACCAGGCUCUCCAGAUACAAAAUGAUGGGCGUGAGGUCUACCAGGUGAUCGAGUCCAAGGGGAGGACUCGCAAGAAGGACAAGAAAGCCAAGGUCCCCCAGCCUCUCAGUGCAAACACCCAGACUCAGACCCGGCCCUCCGCCACCUCCAAACUCAUCUGACCCAGUCAGCCCUCGGCACGGAGGCAGCUGUUUACUCCACUGGCAGGUCUCCCCUGCACUGAUCCCACAGUCAGCUUAUAUCUCUGAAGAUAACAGUAUAGAAGGUUAUCUGCUUUCUGGCUAUAGCAGUGUUCUACUCCUGAGCUCAACUCCCUGCCCUGUUAUUGCAUGUUACAAAUCAGGAGAAAAGUGUGCAUGUCUUAUCUAUGUUUAUUGACCGCUUUCUGUGCCCUUUAUGGCUGUAUGUGGUAAUGUUGACAUUUUGACCAUAAUAAAAAACAGUACACGUUCCAAUGUUAAAACACUUGGAAAAUGGUUUAAUGAUGUUUACAACUAAAGAGAACUGUACAGUUACAGUAAAAUAUUGUUUAUAUAUAUAGAUAUAUAAACAAAUAAAAUACAGCAGACAAAUGCAUCAAAUCUA